UAGGAUGAAUAACCAGUUGAUGGCUAAAGAAGAAUGGUCUAAACUUGGAUUUGGUGAUUUGGAAACCAAAGUAAAAUCAGAAAAAUAGUUCAGUAGUAGUGAUAAAUUCACUAAGAAGUGCACUUUUACAAAAACUAUGGAGAGUUCUAGUAGUGAUAAUUUUAAACAUGUUCUUGUGGGCUGUACAGGCAGUGUUGCAACCAUUAAGUUGCCUGAUCUUUUGAAAACCAUAAUUCAACAAUCAAAAGGUUCUGUGCCAUGGAAUAUACAGUUGCGAGUUGUUGUGACCGAGCAUGCAAGGCACUUUUAUGCUCCAGAAGACAUACCCAUCAAUGUGCCAGUUUAUUAUGAUCUUGAUGAGUGGAAAACUUGGUCAAAAAGGGGUGAUCCAGUCCUUCACAUUGAAUUGGCUAAAUGGGCUGAUGUUUUCAUCAUUUCACCACUUGAUGCAAAUACUUUGGCAAAAUUAGCCCAGGGUCUAUGUGACAACUUGCUGACCUGUGUUGCACGAGCAUGGGACCUGAAGAAACCAUUGUUAUUCUGUCCAGCAAUGAAUACUCAUAUGUGGGAGCACCCAGCCACUGCCACUCACAUUGCUACACUGAAGAAUUGGGGCUAUACAGAAGUUCCAUGCAUUGCCAAAACUCUCAUCUGUGGAGACACAGGGCUUGGUGCUAUGGCUGAAGUACCCAAAAUUGUUAGUAAAGUGUAUGAAGCCCUUGGAAUCCACAGCUGUUGAUGUUAUUCUUCUUGCCCAGUUGGUUGUGAUUUUUGCAUAGUGUAUUCCCCUUUCAGAAGACUUUUCAAUAAGUUUACUUGUGUUCAACUUAGCAGUUAUUUUGUUGAAUUCCAGACACAAAAAUUUAAAUCUGAUAUUAAUUACUAGUAUCCAACCCCUUCUAACAAUUUUAUCAAAAGAUAUUAAAAUUUUUAAAGAAACUUAAAUUCUGUCAAUUGGUUUUUCAAUAUGCUUUAGGAAAGAAUGGAAUUCACAUCUUAUGCAUAUGAUAGUUUGAUAUAUUUUGCAAUAAAUGGUGGGUAUAUAUAUGCUUUGACACUGUUAACUAUAUGAAUAAAGUUGUUAUUCUAUUGAAUUGCACUAUUCUAAUGAACAUAUUUGACAUUAACAUGUAAAUAGAACAUGGUUGAUUAGAAAUAAAUAUUGCAAAUGGGCAAA